AUGUUUGCUUUUUUCUUUGUCUCUUUAUUUAUUUUACCCUUGCUCAAUGCUCGACGUCCUCAAACUGAACUGAAUAAUAAUGAUGAAUUAUUGACAGAACGUUCAGAAGCAACUAAUUAUUUAUCUGGUUUACCAUCAAUAAAACAAUAUCAAGAUCAAUUACUUGAAUCACCAGUUGACAGUUCAUCGUUAUCAGUAGCACCAGAUAGAUAUGAUCAACAACGUACAAAACGGAUCUAUUGGGAGAAUCUUGCAUUCCAUGCAGCCGAUUAUAAUCAAAAACCCAAAAAGUCUGUAUUGUACAUGGCGAAAAUGGAAUAA